AUGACACCAGCAGCAGCGCCACCUGUUCGACCCGACCCACUUCACACUCACAGGGAAAAGAGGACGCAGCCAAAGCACGGGAUUAACUGCCCCGAGCCUGGACCCGAGCCUGGACCCGAGCCUGGACCCGAGCCUGGACCCGAGCCUGGACCCGAGCCUGGACCCGAGCCUGGACCCGAGCCUGGACCCGAGCCUGGACCUCUGUCUGUACGACACGUGUACGAUGAGGUACGACACGUGUACGAUGAGGUACGACACGUGUACGAUGAGGUACGACACGUGUACGAUGAGGUACGACACGUGUACAAUGAGGUACGACACGUGUACGAUGAGGUACGACACGUGUACGAUGAGGUACGACACGUGUAUGAUGAGGUACGACACGUGUACGAUGAGGUACGACACGUGUACGAUGAGGUACGACACGUGUACGAUGAGGUACGACACGUGUACGAUGAGGUACGACACGUGUACGAUGAGGUACGACACGUGUACGAUGAGGUACGACACGUGUACGAUGAGGUACGACACGUGUACGAUGAGGUACGACACGUGUACGAUGAGGUAGGACACGUACGUGAUGAGGAGACGAGCAGAACAACAACAAUCGCACACCUCACCCCUGUCACCUCCGUCACCCCCGUCACCUCCGUCACCUCCGUCACCCCCGUCACCUCCGUCACCCCCGUCACCUCCGUCACCUCCGUCACCUCCGUCACCCCCGUCACCUCCGUCACCUCCGUCACCUCCGUCACCUCCGUCACCUCCGUCACCCCCGUCACCCCCGUCACCUCCGUCACCCCCGUCACCUCCGUCACCUCCGUCACCUCCGUCACCCCCAUCACCUCCGUCACCUCGUCACCUCCGUCACCCCCGUCACCCCCGUCACCCCCGUCACCUCCGUCACCCCCCGUCACCUCCGUCACCCCCGUCACCUCCGUCACCCCCGUCACCUCCGUCACCUCCGUCACCUCCGUCACCCCCGUCACCUCCGUCACCUCCGUCACCUCCGUCACCUCCGUCACCCCCGUCACCCCCGUCACCUCCGUCACCGCCGUCACCCCCGUCACCUCCGUCACCCCCGUCACCCCCGUCACCUCCGUCACCUCCGUCACCCCCGUCACCCCCGUCACCCCCCGUCACCCCCGUCACCUCCGUCACCUCCGUCACCCCCAUCACCUCCGUCACCUCGUCACCUCCGUCACCCCCGUCAACUCCGUCACCCCACGUCACCCCCGUCACCCCGUCACCCCCGUCACCUCCGUCACCCCCGUCACCCCCGUCACCUCCGUCACCCCCGUCACCUCCGUCACCCCCGUCACCCCGUCACCUCCGUCACCGCCGUCACCCCCGUCACCUCCGUCACCUCCGUCACCUCGUCACCUCCGUCACCCCCGUCACCCCCGUCACCUCGUCACCUCCGUCACCCCCGUCAACUCCGUCACCCCCGUCACCCCCGUCACCCCCGUCACCUCCGUCACCCCCGUCACCCCCGUCACCUCCGUCACCCCCGUCACCUCCGUCACCCCCGUCACCCCCGUCACCUCCGUCACCGCCGUCACCCCCGUCACCUCCGUCACCCCCGUCACCCCCGUCACCUCCGUCACCUCCGUCACCCCGUCACCCCCGUCACCCCCGUCACCCCCGUCACCCCCGUCACCUCCGUCACCUCCGUCACCUCCGUCACCUCCGUCACCCCCGUCACCUCCGUCACCUCGUCACCUCCGUCACCCCCGUCAACUCCGUCACCCCCGUCACCCCCGUCACCCCCGUCACCCCCGUCACCUCCGUCACCCCCGUCACCCCCGUCACCUCCGUCACCCCCGUCACCUCCGUCACCCCGUCACCCCCUCACCCCCGUCACCCCCGUCACCUCCGUCACCUCCGUCACCCCCCGUCACCCCCGUCACCUCCGUCACCCCCGUCACCCCCGUCACCCCCGUCACCCCCGUCACCUCCGUCACCCCCGUCACCCCCGUCACCUCCGUCACCUCCGUCACCUCCGUCACCCCCGUCACCCCCCGUCACCUCCGUCACCUCCGUCACCCCGGGUUUAACAGACAGACCAAUGGAAGUGGGGUUUCUCAUGACAUCAUCAGCUCUGUUGGUCUGUGA